CUAGGCGCCAGCCUUCCGAUGAUUGGGCUUUCGGACAUCUUAUCGCGCGAUUCCAGCCCUUCACCGGUUGCACCCAAUCAACCCCCUGUUCCUGAUAUUAACCAUACCUACGAUGAUAAGCACCAGUGAAGCCCCUCCUUGCCCUGACCCCGUGCACAAGAGCCGUGUCCGUGCUUAAAUCCACCAUCACCCCCCACCAUCCAUCCACUACCCACACUCUCAUAGCUGCUCCUCUUUCCAAUCUCAACUGACCACCACCUCACCAUGGCAACCACCACCACUACUUCCGUCCGUUACUCAACCGGCAAAGUAGCCACCUCCGAAUCCGCCAAGGCAUUCCCCUGGGAAGCCCCCAUCCCAGUUGACCCCUUCUGGGACAGUUUCGAAUACUGCACCGCACGAAGCUUCCUGAGUAACUUCACCGAUGACGAACUAGCAAAACUACCCAUCGACGCUUACAGCACCGCAGACCACCAAACCAAGCUCGGUCUGCUCCUCCAACUUCUAAACGACAAGCUCACCCAGGAAGAAGCCGCCACCUCCCCACCCCAGUCCCUCUACGAGGCUGACUACAAGCGCUGGUAUUCCCUCUGGUCAGGCAUCUUUACCAUCCAGAACAACCUGAACCUCCCCGAGGCGGAACAGACAGUUCGCAUGCUCGUCGAGAAGCGACCGGACCCGAAUAACGUCGACCCGUCACACAUGCUAGCCGAGUACCUCGUCAAGGUGGGAAAGUAUGAAGAGGCAGAGGAGACGGCAAAACCGGUGUGUGCGGGGAUGGAUGCUCUGCCGCGUCUGGGCAAGGACUCGCCACAGGCACUCAACGCUCGUCGGUUUAUCGCCAAGGCUGUGUGGUUCCAGGGUCCGGGGAGAAGGGAGGAAGCUGAGGCAUUGGUGGCGGAACUUAAGGGUCUGGUGGAUGGAAUGGGUGCGGGUAAAUUUGGGGUGUAUCAGGAGGAGGAGAGACGGUUGAAUGGGGAGAUGUUGGCGGAGUUGGGCUUGGUUGCGUGAUGUUAUGCUCGGCUGUUGGUAGCUGUACUAAUCAACUGUCAAGAGACUUUGAUGGUGAUGGUACUGAGCAUAGUGCAUAUGGCAUUCAGAAUUCGAG